AUGCCAGCCUUACGUGACCUAUCAUUUCGUCAUUGUUCAGUUGUCCUCACGUUAACCGGUUUAAUUCAGCUAGCAUCAGCAACACCAAGAUUAUAUCGAUUAGAUUUAAGUCAAACUUGCAAUAAGCCAUUUUUUGAAACAGAUGCAAUCUUAGCAUUGCAAUAUUUUCGACAAUUGAAAAUAUUGAUUAUGGACGGAUUUAUGAUUCAAAAAACUAUUGGCAAAGGAUGUUCAUAUCGAUUAGAAGUACCACCUAUACGUUUUAUGCAACAUUUGGAAAUGCUUGUGCUCAAUUGUCCAUAUGACACUUUAGCCAGAAUAUUAUAUUCAUUGUGUGAAACUAAUUGCUAUUUGUACAAAUUGAAACAUAUAAGUCUCGGGGUACGGUAUAGCACUGCAAAAUAUCCGGAAUUACUGAUCUGGUUUCUAGUAACACAUCGUUCAUUACGUUUUGUACAUAUUUGGAAUGCUUUAUUUGCUACUAAUGAUCAGUUGAAACGAUUUUACACUGCAUUAAUUUCAUUACCGAAGCUCACUGAGUUAUACUUGGAAAGUUGCGAAUUAUGCGAUCGAAUUGAUUCAUCGAUAGAAGUUCAAUUUCUUAAAAGUAUUACUUUACGUGGUAUCCGUUGGAAUGGUUUAGUACGUAGUAUGCGUUAUAAUCCUGAUGGCAAUCACUGA